AUGCGCCGCUCUAUUAUAGAUUUGAUUCAGUCGCGAAAAUCGGCAGUGAAGAAGUCGAUCAAACAUGCUACUAAAGCAAAGAUUGAGCCACCGAAUGCAAAAUACAUAGAGUCUAUUCUUCUAGCAACACACGCUAGUAAGCAAGGGGUAAUUGAUGUGAACAAGCUGCUGCAGAAACGCCUGUGUCGGCCAGAGUGGAUGACCGUGUUCAAAUCGCUUAUUAUAAUUCAUUUAAUGAUUAGGGAAGGUGAGCCUGACGUGGUGAUGCCGUAUCUCUCACACAACCUACUAGAAAACAUUGUUUUUGAAGAAGGUAUGAAAAGAAAAGCACAAGGUCGCAAUAUCAAUACCUAUAGCGAAUAUCUUAUUCAGCGGGUAACCUCAUAUUCGCUAACAAAUUUUGAUUUCAUACGAGCAAACUCAUCGCAUGUAAGAAGUCUCGGUGUAGAUGGCGGCUUGAUAAGUGGAAUUGAAAAUCUACAGGAGUUGCUGAAAGCUCUUUUGAGAUGCAACUUUUUCACCUUUGAAUCUGAGAACGCUAUAUCUCUUGCGGCAUUCAGGCUUCUGGUUCUAGACUUAUUGUCAUUAUUCAGAGCCGUGAGUGAAGGCAUGGCAAACAUAUUGCACAAUUUUCUUCAGAUGUCCAAAGAAGACGCUUAUAAAGCUGUUCAGACUUAUCGCGUGUUCGUGGAACAAGUUGAAUCAAUAGAAACAUAUUUUUCCAGCACCCAAGAACAGUUAAGCUCAAUAGGUGUUGAAAUACCUAUAAUCAAGAAAACAUCGACCAUUCUGGUCGACCAGUUAAAAAACUAUGUUAUGGAUCCUGAAUUUCAAACAGUCGAACAUCAGUACUCGUGUGCGAGAGAUGGGACCAAAGUGUCCAGCGAGCUAAUUCAGUCUGACACCGAACCAAGCCGCGAUUGUGACUCGGAUCCCGAGCCCAAUGCCCCUAGAGAAGCUCCGGAUUGGCAGCCUUGA